AUGAACUCCUUGUGCACUGUCGUCGUCCUUUGCGCCAUCGUGGCGUCUGCAACUGCGGGUGGACUUGGAGGUUACGGUCUUGGAGGCCUUGGCUACGGAGGAUACGGACUCGGCUAUGGCGGUGGCUACGGUGGAGGCCUAGGUUACGGUGGAGGCCUAGGCUACGGGGGAGGUCUAGGCUACGGGGGAGGCCUGGGAUAUGGUGGAGGCCUGGGUGGCGGCUACGGCGUCGGCGGCGUGGGCGUCGGCAGCAGCGUGGCGCUUUUGAGCGGAGGACCUGCGUUCGCCAAGGUUGUGGCCGGGCCAGCUUUCGUCGUGAGGUCUGUGCAUCACGUGAACAAGGUUAGCGGAGGAGGAGCCCUCCUUGCUCACUCUGGUCUCGGCGGAGGAUACGGAAGAGGCGUCGGCUACGGUGGAGGUUACGGUGGAUACGGAUACGGUGGCUACGGCUACAAGGGCUAAGUGUGAUUCAUAACUUUUCGUUGCUGUGCCAUUCACAUUUUGUACAGGUUUGGCCGCGACUGCAACACUUCCUCUUCAUCACCUAAAGAACGGAC